AUGCCUCCCGUGUCCCAGUUUGUUGAAAGGCCCGCAAGCGGUGCCAAAUCUCAGUUCGAGCCUGGCCAUAAAAUCCCAAUCCAACAUUUGACCAAGCCUGGUCUGGAGUCGGACCUGGCGGACCCAAAACCCGUCUUUGACAAAAUUCCCACCGAAGACGGCGGCUAUCAGCUAUACAAGGCAGCCGGGAAGCUGCAAGGCAAGAGAGCUAUUAUCACCGGUGGCGACUCCGGAAUUGGUCGUGCGACGGCGGUCCUCUAUGCGAUGGAGGGGGCGUCGAGCUUGAUUGUCUAUUUGCCGCAGGAGGAGUCGGACGCCAAGGAAACCAAAAGGAUUGUAGAGGAGCACGGUGCAAAGUGUCACUCUCUGGCUAUUGACUUGCGGAAGCGAGAGAAUUGCAAGAAGGUGAUCGAUACCGCUGUACAGACCCUAGGAGGUAUCGACAUCCUGGUCAACAAUGCGGCCUUCCAGCAUAUGCUGAGUGAUAUCAGCGAGCUCGACGAGGAUCAGUGGGAGCGAACCUUUGACACGAACAUUCAUCCAUUCUUCUAUCUCUCAAAGUAUGCUCUGCCUCACAUGAAGCGAGGAUCCACCAUCAUCAACUGUGCAUCUGUCAACCCAUACAUUGGUCGUGGCGAUCUCCUCGACUAUACGUCGACCAAGGGAGCCAUAGUGGCAUUCACACGAGCCCUGUCGAACCAGCAACUCAAAAAUGGCAUUCGCGUCAACUGCAUUUGCCCCGGUCCCAUAUGGACCCCGCUCAUUCCAUCGACAAUGCAAACUAGUGCCAUGGAGCAAUUCCACACAGUACCGAUUGGACGGCCAGGACAGCCAAGUGAAGUGGCAACGUGCUUCGUCUUUCUUGCCAGCCAGGAUAGUAGUUAUAUUGCGGGCCAGUGUCUUCAUCCAAAUGGCGGAGUCAUGGUUAAUGGCUAA